GCAGAGAAACAGCAGCAGCGUCGAUUUUCCGAAGAUUCCCGAUUCGGAGCUCGACUUUCCGGAAGAUCCGGGUACUCGGCUUCAUUACAUUACAGGUCACAUGCAGAGAAACAGCAGCAGCGUCGAUUUUCCGAAGAUCCCCGAUUCGGAGCUCGACUUUCCGGGAAGAUCCGGGUACUGGGCUUCAACCUCAACAUAACAGCAAUGGCGGAGGCAGCAGCUACAGCGGCUCCAGCAAUACCAGGAGCCUGGACCAAACACGUCACCUGCAGGUAUUUCAUGCAUGGGCUUUGCAAAGAAGGCAUCAACUGUCGAUAUUCCCAUGAUCUCAACACCAGUCAACCAGCUGCAGCUAUGAUUUGCAAGUUCUUUCAGAAAGGAAACUGUGUGUUCGGCGACCGGUGCAGGUUUGAACACUCUAAAGAAGACGUGCCUGGGCCCAAGCCGUCGCUGCCACCCCCUGCCUCCGCCUGCGCCCUUCUCACUCCUACGUCCCUCGCUGCCAGCGCCCCAGCCCCCGUUCCCAGUGGAUCGGCGGGUGGUGAGUCGGCAGACGGCCCAGAGAACCCUCAUGGAUCAGGCGCAGGGGACUGGGUUAUGGCGGCAGAGUUUGUACCAGGCCAGCCGUACUAUUGUGGAAGGGACCCGGUGAAGUCUGAAGGGUUGGGGAUGAGUCCUCUGAUGGAGCGAGAGAAGGACCGGUCGGGAGACGAUAAGGAGUUGAGGAAGACUCUGUGUCCCUACGCCGCCAUGGGGGAGUGUCGCUACGGACUUAACUGUGCCUAUCUCCACGGCGACGUGUGUGACAUGUGCGGUCUGCAGGUGCUCCACCCCUCCAACGACGCACAGCGAUCAGAACACACCAAGGCUUGCAUCGAGGCCCAUGAGAAGGACAUGGAGCUGUCGUUUGCCAUCCAGCGCAGUAAGGACAUGCAGUGUGGCGUGUGUAUGGAGGUGGUGUUUGACAAGGCCAACCCCAGUGAGAGACGCUUCGGCAUCCUGUCCAACUGCUGCCACUGCUACUGCCUCAAGUGCAUCCGCAAGUGGAGGAGCGCCAAGACGUUCGAGAGCAAGAUCAUCAAGUCCUGUCCGGAAUGUCGGAUAACGUCCAACUUCGUCAUCCCCAGUGAGUACUGGGUGGAGGACAAGGAAGACAAGCAGAAACUGAUACAGAAAUACAAGGAUGGCAUGGGGACUAAAGCCUGUCGUUACUUCGACCAGGGUCGGGGCACCUGCCCGUUUGGCUCCAACUGCUUCUACAAACACGCCUUCCCUGACGGACGGCUGGAGGAGCCCCAGAGGAGACCUGCAGGGUGCAACGGCAGGAACAGGAACUCGAGGAGGACACCCCUGUGGGACCUGUUUGAAGAGCGGGAGAACAGCAGCGACUCUUUGGACAACGAGGACGAGGAGAUGGUGACCUUUGAACUGAGCGAGAUGCUCCUCAUGCUCCUCGCCGCGGGAACCGACGACGACGUCACGGACUCGGAGGACGAAUGGGACUUGUUUCACGAAGAGCUGGACGAUAUCUACGAGAUUUACCUAUAGCAACAUCUCCCUAACGUUACCGUUGAAACCCCCCUUUAUCGUUUUUGACUACCCCCCCCCCCUCCUUCACCUUUACCGUGCUGUAGAAUGGACUGUCUUGUGUGUUUUGGACAGUAGCUUCUCUCCUCUGUGUUGUGGCAGUGCCGUUGGGGCAGGCCUUUCAUUCAGAAAUCAACUACAUGAAGAAGAAGAAGAAGAAGAAGAAUUAACAGAUUUAAAAAACAAAUGUAAAUGAGAAACAGGUGGGUGUAAAACAAUUUUUCUAGAAACAUCCUGUCCUUGUGAAUUUAUCUAUCCGUGUCAGGUUCAUGUAAAAAAAAUAACAACAACAAAAAACAAAGGGGGAAAAAAAUUACAAACAUUUUUUUGAAAAUAUCGCUAAUAAACAGUGUUUAUUUGUGGACGUGGGUUUGACUUACCGUUUUUACCCAGGUGAUGUUUUUAAGACUUGUUUUUUGUUGUUGUUUUGUUUUGAGGAUGAUGCACCUAAACCAACUCUACACAACAUAUACUUCCUGGUGAUGAUGUCAUGUCUGUGGUGGUCAUGGGUAUCGUAGUCCUCUGGUUGGUCAUGCACUGAGUAUAUUGGGUGGAGGGAGACAGCAGUCCUGUCGACUUCCUAUAUUUACAUGUACCCUCUUGAUUCACUCUCUUUCCCUCCUCCCUGGUGGUGGGAACUCCCUCUGUCAAGGAGGGGGAUGAGGACGACUCCUCUGUCAAGGAGGGGGAUGAGGAUGACUCCUCUGUCAAGGGGGGGGGUGGGGGCUUCGGGGAACAACUUACAAUAUCUAAAGUUGUUUGUUUUAAAUGGGCCCAAGUCCACUUUUAUUUUGUCCUCCCCCCCCGAUCGAAUCGCAGCUAUUAUUCAGGAACACCCGUGGUACCUAAUGACAAGUCUCUCCUCGGAACCGAGCUGAUAGUGACACUGUGUCCCUAAUGGCGCCAUAUUGUGACGAUACACUGAGUGAACAAAGCAUUAGGAACACCUUCCCAAUAUUGUUGCACCCCCCCCCCCCCCCCCCAACCCUCUCAUUUCUUUCGGGGGGGCAUGAACUCUACCAGGUCUGAUCCUUAUACCGUAGGGCUCUAGUGAACUGCCAGUGGUCUAGAGAGGGUGCCGUUUGGAACACAGUCCUGGUCUUGGUCACUACUACUUCUCUCUGAACUCCCAUUUAGAAUGCACUAUAUAUAUUAUGUAUCUCUUCUUGUUUUUCUACGGUCCACAACCAUCCAUCAUGACUUGAAAUUAAAGUUUAUUAUCAAAAGUUA